AUGGCUCUUACGGACGAAAUAAAUGAUUUCGUUACUUAUAUUCAAGAUCCAAUAGUUUUUCCAGGAAUAUUACAAUUUAAUGUAAAUGCGCAUAUUCAAACUUUACACCGCACAAACACGAAAAAUCGCAUUACUGCUUAUAAUUUAUUUAGAAAGAGAAUAUUUGAAGAAGCCUCUUUAAUAAAUGUAACUGAUUUCAAGGUUAUUGGAUUUUCCACAAACAUAAUAUGGAGACGUUUGACAACCGCCGAGAGAACUAUAUUUCAUAAUUAUGCGAGACAAAUUCUUUCUAUUAUCGAUAUUAGAAAUUAA